AUGGAGUACAGGUUCCUUGUGACUUUUCUUUUGGUUUUAGAUAUUUCCAUUCUUAUUUCUGCAAAGUGCAAGGAUGGAUAUCGUUCCUGUAAGGAUAUUUUAUCCAGAUACCCACAGAGCAAGAGUGGGGAGUAUCAGCUGAUUACUGAGGACAGACAGACGGUCACAGUCUUCUGUGAGUUUUCGUCAAGAUUCCAUGGUUACACGUACAUCAAAGACUACCCAGGUUCCUCAUUUGAUUUGGGCGGACUUUACACAACAUCAAAAGAAAUCAAAGUUGUCCACCUUCGGACUUCUGGCAAGCGAUAUAGCACAACAAUGGAAGAGUUAAAUCGGUACAGCUUACAGGUUUCAUUGAGUUUUCAGGUCGACAAAAAUAAGGGCUUUAAUACACCACUGAAUGUUCCAUUUCUAGGGAAGUACAUUUAUGUUGGAUUCCUCCCAAAAGACAUUGCUGCAAACCGUAAUACCCAAGGAUACCGUGCCGGAUCUAAAGACUGGGAAUUUAGAAACUGUGACGCAAAUCCAAAUUCUUACAUCGCCUUUUUCUACAACAAUUCACCUCUACCAAUUCACAGCUAUCAUAGGCGUUGUUGCUAUAAUAGUUAUAUGCGAAAAUGGAUCGAUGUGUCCAGGGACUAUAGUCUGCGUUUGCCAAGAGAGUACUUCAGGUUUUUUGAGAUGCACAUGGGAGGGUGUGGAGGAUAUGUCGUUCCCGGAUUUAGUUCCUUUUCUGAUAUUGUAGGCGCCGUGCCUGGAUUUCGUUUUGAUUUUUCAUGUGCUGAUUUACAAUGUGGAAACGGUGGAUCAUGUUUGACGAAAAGAGGAAGACCUGUCUGCUCAUGUGGUCCAGGGUACAUUGGACUUCAAUGUGAAGUCAAAGUUGCUUAUUCCUGUAAAGACAUUGCUUUCUCUAGAGGUAAACCUACUGGAGAAUACAAGAUUUACAACAGACAAAACCAGCCCUAUAAAGUGCUCUGUGAAUUUCAUCAGACCUUUGGUUACACGUUUGUAUCAAACACGAAUAUGGCCAUCAACGUCGACGAUUUGUUCGAAAUCCGAUCUCAAGUGUUGGUCCGACAUUUGCAACAAGGUCAACAAUACGACUCAAAUCUGCAGCAGAUAUCCUAUUAUAAGAACAAGCCUUUGACAGUUAAGUACAACACAAAUGCUGGAUUCAACACUCCGGUAAACGCCAAACAGAUGGGUCCAUAUCUUUACCUUGGCUUCUUGGACGCAAGUACAGCAAGAUCCAGGUCGACACAAGGCUACAGCGUAAAUAACGCCGACCAAACCUUUCGUAACUGUGAUGCCAAUCCUAACAGUUACAUGGCUUUCUAUUUCAACAAGGGAAAUAAGUCUCCUGUUGGAUACUAUAAGAAGUGUUGUUACACGCCAUUGAUGAAGAAAUGGAUUGACAUAGGGGUACCUGUAAAUCGGGCUAAUCAACUUCCACAGUCAUACUUUCUUCAAUUUGAGAUGCACAUGGGGGGUUGUGGAGGAUAUGUGGUGAGCGGAUACAAUACACUUGCAAGUAUCCGCGGUGCUUCUCUGGGAAUGCGUUUUGAAUUAUGAAGUUAUGAAACGGAGCGGGAGAAAGAAAACAAAAGAUGAGAUAACAAAUAAUUUGAAUAUGAGUAUCAAUAUACAGUUUUCGUAAUAAAAACUGAUAUUUCU